UUUGGCUGCGGUCACACUGCUCGUGUGCAUAAAAUAAAAAGCAGAGGGCACUUUAGGCAACAAUAAUAAUAAUAAACAGCCGAUCGACCGAUAACUGAGUCCCAAAAUAAGGCGCACAUAGUAUAGACGAGCAGACGAACAAGGCGGCUGUGCGGGACGGAGUAUCGAUCCUUUUUACCGGAGCGGAGUGGAUUGGAGUACAGUGCAGUGUCGCUAAGCGUGACAAUGGGCGCCUGUGUGUGUCGCAUGAACCCCGACAACGAGACGAUGAGCGUCUCCUCGGCGAGCAUCUCGCGUCCCACCAGCGCAGGCAUUGCCAUGGGUGCGGCCCGCAAGAACCGACCGCUCUGCCACGAGACCAUCCGGUGGCGAUCUGACGUGCCACUGACCGAGGGACAGCUGCGGUCCAAACGGGAUGAAUUCUGGGAUACCGCGCCGGCCUUCGACGGUCGAAAGGAGAUCUGGGAUGCGCUGCGGGCGGCCACUACCGCAGCCGAGGGACUUGACUUCCAGAUGGCCCAGGCCAUUCUGGACGGGGCUAACGUAUCGGUCCCGAAUGGCUACCUUACAGAAUGCUACGAUGAGCUGGGCACCCAGUACAAAGUGCCCAUUUACUGUCUGUCAUAUCCCAUAAAUAUUGUAAAGGAGGAGAAUGGGCGCGACUCGCCUGCCGAAUACUCUGAGCCCGUGGAUGGUGGCACCGACAUCUUUUUGAAGCUGCGCAUAUCAUCCACCAUGACUGAUGUUAAACUACCGGUUUACUCUAAGGACACCGUAGGGCAGUGCAAGAAAAAGCUUCAGGCCGCCGAGGCUGUCAACGCCUGCUGUCAGCGAUGGUUCUACAGCGGCAAGCUGCUGGGCGACAAGGUGCCAAUCGACGAGUGCAGUAUACACCAGGGAUAUGUGGUGCAGGUGAUUGUCAACACGGAGCACUACAACCACGACAAUAGCACAAGUACAUCGCACGCCAGCUAGCGGCGCAGUCUACGCACACUAGUCUACAGCAACAGCAUCUGCAAGGAGCCACGGCAGCAGCCGCAGGAUCUGCAGCAGCAGCAACUUUUGGCCAAAGCGGGCAACGUUAUCUUGAGGAGGGGGAUUUUCAUAUACUCAGUUCAUGGCUCAAGAAACCAUACGGGAAAUGUACAGAAAACAACAGCAUCAACAGGCACAACAGCAACCGCAUACUCAUAGCAUUUAUCGAAACAAGCAACAAUUGCAAAUUGUUGCCCUGUCUGCCUUGUUGCUGUUGCUUUUGUUGUGGCUGCUCGCCUUGUUACGCUUUGUUUAAUAUGUCUAUAUAUAAAUUGUAAAACAAAAGAUGGAAACUAAGUCGCUGAGAAAGGGAAAUCAGAAUGAGAUACAUAAAUCAUAAACUUAAAUAUAUUUUUUUGAUGGUAAUUACAUUAUAAAAAAACUGAUUUAUUCAGUUCACAAACCAUAUACUGUCAACUGUAUAUGAAAGGAACUAUAUAGAGAACAGUAACUAUGAUCUUGGCCACUUGUCUAUUGAAAACUAAAAAUGUGUACAAUUUUAUAAAAACCAACAUAGAAGGCCUCUAUUAACUAAUUGUAAGCAAGUGUUUGAGCAUUUGCCCGAUGUAUAUGUAAUGUAAAAAUAAACGAGAAUUGUAGUAUUUGGCCGCAAUAGAAAGCAUGCAA